UUAUAUAACCGAACAAUAUGUCAACUUGGCCUAUGUGCCUUCCGUCAUGGAUUCAUCAAGGAGGCGCAUCAAGGACUGUCUGAAAUACAAAAUACGCAACGUGCAAAGGAAUUACUGGCGCAAGGAAUGGCAAUGAGACAGCAGGAAAGGACCGCUGAACAGGAAAAAUUGGAGCGUGCACGGCAAAUCCCGUAUCAUAUGCAUAUCAAUGUUGAGUUGAUGGAAUGCGUCUAUUUGAUAUGCUCAAUGCUACUCGAAAUUCCGCAUAUGGCUUCGCAGGAAUACGAAUUAAGACGAAGAUUGCUCUCAAGAUCGUUCCAUUACCAACUGAAGCAGGUAAGGUGUAAUUAA